CCAGAGUAUUAAACCUAAUGACAAACUCAUUCACAGUGACCAUCCAGAAUCCGGAUAAUAAUAACACACUCUGCAUGCAAGUGAAGUCAUACCUUCCGUCUAGUCACCAUUCUAGUGUCUAGCUUAAAAGUUUUAGUCAUUAUUUCUUGUUCCCCAAUGAAACACUAAAAACUCAAAAAUCAAAAAUUACAGUGUGAAUUUGAAAUUAAAAAUUUUCAUUUUCAUUUUCAUUUUAAAUCCAAAAAACAACUAACAAUGUCUAACGAAACAGUGAAUAAUGGCGAAAAAGAAGAAAUUAACGGAAAUGAAUCUUUGCAAGAGACAAAAUUAUGGUUAGACGAUUAUUUAAUACCAAAAUUAAAAUUAUCGUUAAAUCAAGAAACAAGUGUCUCACAAUACAAAGUUGUUAAUUUCGAACGAUUAUUCAUUUCGGAUGUGAUAUUUCUCGAUCUUGAAUUAAAAAAUAAUAACAAUGUGCAAACUUUAAGUCUAGUGAUAAAACGACCAAAUCAAGAUGAAGCAAUAAGGGAAUAUUGUCAAAUUGAUAAACUUUUUCACAAUGAAAUUUUAUUCUACGAAAAUUACAUGAAAAAUAGUUGUGAUUAUCCUCAGUGUUUUUAUACAAACGAAAAGACAUUAUCAAAUAAAGUUGUUGUCGUCGAAAAUAUCAACAAGCUCAACUAUCACAAGUGUCCACAAAAAGUGAAUGUUAAUAUGGAAUAUAUUUUAGCAGCAAUGCAAGAAAUUGGUGAAUUUCACGCCAAGGGUUAUGUUCUAAAAUCAAAUUCACCAUCGAAAUUCCAUGAAAUAGUGAAUGGCAUUCAAGAAUCAAGAUACGAAUAUCGUGAGAAAAAUAUAUUUCCCACAUUAAUCAAUAAUUUAAUGCCAAGAAUAAUAAAGUGUCUUCGCGAGAGAAAUUAUGAUCAACAUUUCUGUGAUAAGGCGGAGAAAUUUUUUCAAAAUUCAUUCGAAAAUUGUAUGCAAGUUGCAAUGGAUGGGAAAAAUAUUAAAUUAGCAACAUUAUGUCAUGGGGAUUUUACGAUAGAUAAUGUUUUUUUCAAAAAAACUGAAUUUGGUUGCAAGGCAAUGUUAAUUGAUUUCGCAAUGUUAUCGUACGCUUCACCGGCUAUUGAUCUUUCGACAUUUAUUUAUUUGUCUAUGUCACCCAAUGAUAUUAGAACAAAAUUUCAUCAAGUCUUCGAUGUUUAUUAUAAUUCAAUAAUUGGAUAUUUUAAGAAAAUUAAUUUUUCCCCCUCCAGUGAAUUUGCAAAAGAAAAUUUUCUAAACGACUAUAAAAAAUAUGCACUUUUUGGUUUUAUGAUCGCUGCAUUUUAUUUGCCAAUUAUGCACGGUUUGAAAGUAGAGAAGAUUGAUUUUAAUGAUGCUGAAAAAAAUAUACCCUAUUUCAGUGACAUUGGUGGGGAUAAAUUUCGUGAUAUUUUAUUGGAAAUGUUUAUUGAUAUGAAAAAUAAUGGUUGUAUGGAGCAAAUUCUAAGUUAGAAAAAGUUUUUGUAAAUAAAAAAAAAAUGAAAAUAUCGCAGACUGACGAUAAAAAUGAAAAUGUGAUUCAGAAGAAAAAUAAUGUUAAUUUAAAGUUUUUUAAUUUUUUGAACUUGAUUUCUGUAAGAAAUGUAAAAAAGCGUAGAAUGUAAAAAUGAUUUUAUGACAGAAAAAUUUUUUUAAAAAUGAAUAGUGUAAAUUUUUUAUCUUAAUUUCUAAAACAAUUGUAAAAACGUAAAAAGAAACGUAAGACAGCUUAAAAUGUAAAAAAGAAACGUAAAAAAGCGUAAAAUGUAAGAACGAAUUUAUGAAAGAAAAUAUUUUUUAAAAAAUUAAAUGUGUAAAGAAUUGACUUAUGUGAAAAUAAACUUGAGAAUUUUGUAAGUUGUCACGAA